CCGCAAGGCGGCCGGGGCGGAGCGAUCCCUGGCGGGAGCGCUUCCGCCGUGGUACAUCCAGUACGGCGUCACGCCCAUGGGGCCGCCGACGGACCACGGCACCUGGUCGAGCGUCAGCUUCACGCCCGCGCAGCAGGCGCAGUUCGGCGUCGACGCGGACGGCAUCGUUGUGAACCAGGCGCGGAAUGAACAACAAGGUCUUGACGCUUCGCGUAUCCCCAGCAGCACAUCCACCAAGCAGUUACCAGGCGAGCUGCCUUGUCGAAUGGAUGCGCAGCAGCAUGCAGCCGCGCUCUGGGAGCGUCCUGGAGGAAACCCUGAAAUGGCCACAUAUGUUCCGUGGUUAUUUGAUCAAACAGUGCGACUGGGUGUGGGGACGAUGGUUUCGGCUCCCCGACAGGCCCAGUUCGACGCCGCCACCGCCGCCCUGCAGCCAGCGCUGAGCCCCCCGGUGCAGUUCCAACAACAGGUCGGCGGCAUGGAGACCUUCGGCGCGGCCUCUCCGGGCUGCCAGUCCUGCUGCACGACGGGGCAGUGCGGGCAGGCGUACAUGGGCCAGCAGCCCGGCGUGUGCUGCAGUGUCUCCCCGGCGCCCAUGUGCUGCCCCCAGGGCGCGACCUGCAUGAACGGGCAGUGCGCCGCUGGGCAGCAGCAGCCCUACGGCUACGGCGGCGGCGGGGGGGGCGGCGGCUACCCGCGCGUCAACCCGAUCUCGGGCCUGCUCAGGCUGAUCAGCCAGAACAUGAUGCUCAUCUGGAUCAUCCUGGGGGCGGGGCGGCUCCUCGGCUGCCUGGGCAUCGGCGGCCCGGCGGUGCACUACGCGCAGAUGGCGCUGUGCGGCAUGUCCCUGUUCAACUGCCUCUGCCCGGGAGCCGCGCGCUCCACUCCCGCGGCGGGGGCGGCGUGGGGGGAGCGGGUCCUGCG